CACGAGUACAUCCGGGACAUUCAGCAGCUCCGCAUGUCAGCAGGUUCAGUUCAGAUGUGAAAGACUUCCCUGCAUAUGACAAAGCUUCUGCAUCUGCUUUGGUUUUAACCACGCCGCUUGGAGGAAGAGAUGGCGCUGAUGGGAGUUCAGCUGGUGGUCAGCUUACUGGCCGCCAGCAUUAUGCAGAGGAUGGCUCCACAUUGCUCAUUUGCACGCUGGCUCCUCUGUAACGGCAGUUUGUUCCGAUUCAAACACCCUUCAGAGGGAGAGCUGUGUGCCCUGGCAGGAAAGCAGAUGCCCAAACAAAGCAGGAGAGACAGGAGACAGAAUGGGGAGAAUAAGCCGCUCACUGUGCCCAAAGACAUCGACCUUCACCUGGAGAAAACACCAGUCAACGUCAUUGACGCUCUCGUGUUGCGCUUUUUCCUGGAGUACCAGUGGCUUAUAGAUUUUGCAGUCUAUGCAACGGGUGUCUUCCUGUUCACUGAGUGUUACUACAGUGUGGUAGAUGCCAGCAAAGAGAUUAAUAUUGGAGUCAUCUGGUGUGUCCUGACUGUUCUCUUCUGUCUAAAGACCCUUCACACCCUAAUGAGCCACUAUUUCCGCUCUGAGGAGGGGGGUGAGCGCUCAGUGUGCCUUGCCUUUGGCUUUCUUUGUCUGCUUGUGGCUAUGUUAGUGUUGGUGGUCAGAGAGGACUAUCUGGAGUUUGGCCUAGAGCCAGGUUUUUCCAGCCUAUUUGACAACUUGGAAAUCUUUGUCAAACAGCAGGGCUACGCUGACUGGUCAAUCCCAGUGACUAAGCUGACGGUGAAGCUUGGUCUGGCUGCUGUCUGUGCCUACAUUGGAGCUCUCAUGGCCUUCCCUGGACUGCGGCUGGCUCAAACUCACCUAGAUGCGGUACAGAUGAACUCAGACCGCCCACUCAUCCAGAUUCUGCUGCACAUGAGUUUCCUGUCUCCAGUCAUUGUGUUGGUUCUAUGGGUGAAACCCAUUGCGAGAGACUUCCUGGCCAAUGCACCUAUGGGAAAGACCUCUGUUACUUUAGUCUCCAGUGAAGUAUUUGACAGCAUGCGCCUUUGGAUCAUCGUGGUGUUGUGUGUUCUGCGGCUGGGACUGACCCAUUACCACCUCCAGGCCUACCUCAACCUGGCUCAAAAAUGGGUGGAGCAGAUGAAGAAGGAGGCAGGACGUAUUGCUACCAUUGACAUCCAGCGAAAGGUUACACGUGUGUUUUGCUACCUGACAGUAGUUAGCCUUCAAUAUCUGAUUCCAGUUCUUCUCAUCCUCUUCUCAACGCUAUCCCUUAAGGCACUUGGGGACUUCUCCUGGAGUACAGGUGCCCAGGAUAUCCCCGGGGUGACACCGGCAAUCGUGAUGCCCACAGCUGCCCCCGUCCUGCCUGGAGGUCUAGAUGAAGACGAUGAAGGGAUGGAGGACAUGGAGGAAGACAUCCAAGCCACAGUGGCUCGACUGUCAGAGACCUUCGCAGCGCUACGAUCUGUCCUCACUCCGCUUUUCUACAGAGGGUUAUUCGCCUUUCUCACCUGGUGGGUGGCUGCCUGCCAGGUCAUAAGCUCUCUGUUUGGCAUCUACUUCCAUCAGUACCUUAUGCAAAACUAACUGAGGAAAAUGCAGUAACAUGCUUCUGUGCAUGCAGUGCAACUCCAGCGAUCAGCUAAAGUUAUGCUAUUGCACAAGAUAUCUGCAGACAGCCGAGGGGACAUUUCAUUAGAAUACAACUACAGAUUGAUUGCACCAUUUUUCAGGUUGGAUACUGUCUGUUGCAAUAUUUACUACCUUGUUGUCCUUGUAACCUUUUGAGACCUGCAGGACUCUGGCAUCAGUAACACACAAAUAUACAGAAAGAGCUGGGGUCUGCAUCACAAAGCAAGUUCAGUUUAGUCUUUCUUUGAGCCUUUGGCAGGCAAACCUUAAUUAACAUGUAUCACAAAACCAAUUGUGUGCCAGCUCAGUUAAAUCUAGGCUUACUGCUUCAAGCACCUUCAUGUUCAUGUUAGGGUGGCACAAUAUACUGAUACUAAUGAUAGCUGUGAUAAUUCAAAAUUUGGGGGGGGGGGGUAUUAAAAAUAUGCCAGUAAAGGUACUAUUACAGACUCACUUUCCUCUGUGACUAACUGUUGUAGUGCAGCUUAUCUGCACACUUUGAGUGACUGAAGCAAAAAUAGCUGCCAAACUGUGGGGCAGGCCCCACUGGUGGGACAUAGAGCUACUGCAGGUAUUGUACAACCAAGCAAAAAAUAUGAAGUUAAACUUAAGGCCAUUUUUUACUAUUUGCCUUAGAAGCGACAACAGUGAAGUCUUUUUGGAUGUUUAAAAUAUACCCUUUUGUAGUAUUAUGAUGAUCUGGUAAUAAUAACCACCCCUCACUGACCUGGUUCACGUUGCUGCCAAGCCAUACCUCUUUAUCUGCAAAAAUUAAGGAUGCAUUUGAUAUUUUUUUCCAGGUUUACAUUACUGUGGAUUUAUUUGGCUAUUUACCUGGCAUUGUUCACAUUCAACAGCAAAGUAAUCAGGGUGAUACUUUAGUAAAAGCUGGAAUUCUGCAGGAAUUACCUCCUUUUCAGAGUAGGGCUCUAAUUAGGAAUCAUAUUGCAGGCCUUUUUUUUUUUUUUUUUUUUAAAAAAGAUCUGCAAUAUUAUUCCUAAACUGAAAUAAAGAUAUAAUUUGCUUUUUUUUGUCUGUGUGGAAAGUGUUAUGAUUGAUUCAUGACCAAGCACGUUUCCUCAUGCUUGUAACAGUAAAGGCAAACGUAGAAGAAAAACAAAUCCUGGCUGCAGUUUAUAUGACCAAAAUAGUACAUUUACUUAGUUGAGACUUUAUUACUUUAAUUGCUGAUAAAUAGUGCCUGCAACAGUAUGCUCACUUAACAUGCAGCAAUAAUUGCCAUAUCCUGGAGGAUGGUGUGAAACAGGGAAACUCUUUUUUUUUUUUUUUUUUUAAGUCUUGUUUUAAAUGCUAAAGAUUCUGAAGAAAUACUGGCUCCAGUUUUUUUAAUAGAAAGACUUUUUAAGGUUGAAGCAGGUUAAUCCUGCAGUGUCGGUGACCACUGUGAUUUACUGAGGCUAAAACUGAACCAGCUUUGUGAUGGCAGAAAACCAGAGUUAAUCCCAAAGGCUGCUGGAUCGCCCAUCGACCGCUCUUUGUGGUACAGACCCCAGUGUUAUCUUAUCGCUACUUUAGCAGAACAUUUUUCUGCAACUUUUCACAUCUGUGUAUCUAUGCCAGUGUUAACUGAUUUGUUUCCAAUAGAACACUGUUAAAUGCUGCACUUCUGAUAUUUGAUGGAAUCAGGACAGGUAUGAGUACUUCAUACCUGAGUAAUAAGAUAUAUUUUUUGAGGGUCUCUUUGCAGCCCUUAAAGUACCGAUUCAAGAGUGCUACAUGUUGUUUUUGUUAGUUUUGUUUUUGUCUUUUUCUGCUUCUUGUUUUUCUGUACGGAAGUAGUGCUCAGAUCCAGCCUACUGACUAUAAUACAGUAUGGCUGUGUAUUAGUGUCUGAAAUGGAUAGAUUCAGUUUUAUUGUCAUUGCUCAGUAGAAGUACAAAGCAAUGAAAGCCAAACACUGAAGAGCUGUUGCUUUUUAUCCUGAAGUGCCUGGGAGCUCAGGGAUUUUUGUGUGUGUUUUGAAAUCUCCUUCCUCCCUGAUCAUAUGUAUUUAGAACACAUUGAAAUGCUAUAGUGAACACCGCAGAUACAUUUCUGUUUUACCCCUUAUUUUUAAACACUACCCAUGAACAACAUGUUUAGGUGCAGCGUCUUAAUAAUUACCUACUUAAGUUUGUAGUUUGUUGUUUUUACUGCCAAUCAGCCGAGUGUAUGUUGGACUAAUCAAAGCCUUCGUUGAAUCUGUCUUCAUCAGUGUAUUUUAUUUAUUGUAUUUAUGAUACAUUGAUACAGAUUCUGUGAUUCUGUACAAUUUUUUUCAUUCUGUUUGUGGAUGGUUUUGAUCAGUGUGUUUUCUUUAGCUAGUGUAUUUGAAUGCUCUGAUAUCAUUAUACUGUGAAGUUCAUAUGAAAAUGUUCCUUUAGGAGAUUUUCUGAAUGCAUGGUGUGCAAAACUUCAGCUGUAACCUGAAUGCUUUUUUUUUUGUG